UCAAUGCAUGAUGUCUGCUGUGAGUGUGAGCUGAUCACAAGAAGUGAGCAUUGCAUGUGGGCAAACGCAGUCCCACCAACGCGCCAGCUUCAGGGGUGCCAGCAUUCUUACUUGUCCUGAUUGAAAUUGAGUCUUUCUUAUAAGCAUUCAAAAGAGAAGCUUUUUCGCCACUGCCUCGAGCUGCAUAAGCAAGCUGCCACCACCAGAAAAGUGUUGCUCAGAGAUUCGCAUAGAGAAUCAAUCUCAAUGGCUGCCGUUUUCAACCACGUUUUUGCUGGCAACCCUCUGCUGCCAGGCAAACGCGAGGUCCGCCAGACUCAAGAGGUUGCUGCUUUGCUCGCAAAUGUUGGAGACGCCUGGUUCCUUCCAGUUUCUGAGGGGAAGCCCCUGGUGGCAGCCUCUCAGUCAGCAGAAAGAGUCGAUUGGGAGCUUGCUUGGCAGACGUCAGAUACGGCAGUUAGAUACUUGAACACGCCCCAGCCAGUAUCGAGCAAUGCUGAGACGUUCAAGAAUCUGCCAACAACAGAGGAUCUUGUGUACGUUGGGGAGUUACAGGGGCGUUCGCACUACGCCUUCAACGUCCCCAAGCAUGAAGGUGGCAAAAGCGCCAGUAGCAGUGGACGCUCAGAUGAGCGCGCUUUGGAGAAGUUUGCCGCGCCAAGUGGGGGCUAUCAAACGGCGUACCUUGAUCUUCGGACUCUGAUGAUGGCCACCACCUUUGGCAAUGCGGAGAGGAAAGAGGACCUUGCCAUUGUGGGCUAUGCAAGAGCACUCCUCGGCUGGCAUGCAAUCAACCAAUACUGCGGCAAGUGCGGCACAAAGACUGCCAGCGUUCAAUUUGGGUUGCGGAGAGUCUGCCAACAGGACUCAUGUCGACUGAAGCUGUAUCCAAGGAUCGACCCAGUGGUCAUCAUGUGUGUUGUGGACAAGGAGCGGGACGUAAUCUUACUGGGCCGUGGCGCCAGGCACCCAAACAAUAUGUACUCGUGCCUGGCAGGUUUCAUCGAGCCGGGCGAGAGCCUGGAGGAGGCGGUGCGGCGGGAAACGCGCGAGGAAGUGGGCAUUGAGAUUGGGGACGUCGUACACCACAGCUCGCAACCGUGGCCCGUUGGUUUCGGCACGCAGCAGUGCCAACUCAUGGUGGGUUUCUUUGCGUUCGCCAAAACCGUCGAGAUAAACGUCGACGAGGCAGAGCUCGCAGAUGCUCGGUGGUUUACCCGCAGUGAGGUCCGGGCCGCCUUCUCAGAGGAAGUGUACGGCUCCGCACAGCGGGAUGCUCAGGAAAAGAUUGCCAAGGCCUGCUUUGACAGAGUGGAAGGUGGAGAAGCAAAGAUAGCGGACUUACGAGGACGGACGGAGCCAUCAGCGUUGUUUGUGCCUGGUGCUUAUGCAAUCGCACAUCAUUUGAUACUUGCGUGGUUGAACAAGGAAACAGGGAAGCUGCUUAGUCGAGUCUAAUCUUGUUUGGGACGAUGCUUAUUGAGAUCAUAUAGCCCGCAGAGCGUACUUACAUUAAUGGUUCGCAAUGGGGGCCCCGGGGCUGCCGCCAUAGCUGGGGGGCCGCCAAAGGACGGGCGGCUCGGCAAGCACGUACAGUAGAACUGAAGCUAUGGUUCAUGGCUAAGCUUCAGGACGUACAGUGCCGGUACACCAAGACGUAAAGUGCCAAGAUCGCCGAGCUUCAUGAAUUAAGGUGGUCAUGCAUAGUUGCAGCAAGAAAAAACAUGUACAGCUAUAUUCCCCGAAUGAUCACUACAAUUGUGCUGCAC